CUUCUGAUUUGCCCAGCAGCUGUGAAUUAGAAUGAUGUACACUGCCAAGAAAUGUGGAAUUAGAUUCCAACCUCCAGCCAUUAUCUUGAUCUAUCAAGGAGAGGCCCAGGACAAAAUUGCUAGCAAAACCCUAAUCUGAAACUUCUCCAAGUUUUCAGACUGCAGUAGAAAGGCUGAACACCUAAUAAAUCAAGAAACAAGGCCUGCUUUGAGGUUGUGUCUGAAGCAGUUGAAGAAAUUCGGGGAAACAAUCAUUGAUCCUGAGGAAGUGGACAAAAUACAUGAUAAGGAACAUCCAAAAAGGAAGACCAUCAUGGCUGAAUUCUUUAAAAAGAAUCAGAAAAAGAAGGAAAACCCAGAAAGUCAGAUGAUGUGUUAUAAUACUAAAUAA